GACACAGACGUGGCUGCGACGCUAGGUCCAAAACGCUGCGUUUCUUGGCCCUUCAAUUCCAUCCUGGAGCAGAAACAUAACCCUCCCAAAAAGAAAAAAAAUCAAGUGUCAAGAGACGAUUCGAGCCCUAGCACCCUGCGAGGCUACGACUCUGCACGACUGCAGGCUUCAGCUCGGACUUCUCAGGCAUCCUUUGCACCGCCGGACCAGCGACGACCAGAGGAGUCACUGGGGCAGCGACAUACCAGAGGGGUUGAGGUAGUGAGUCAUCGGCGGAAGAUUUUGCUUCUUCAGUUGUUCGGCUCUAGUACUCCAUAGCUGGGGUUUGCUACCAUCAAUCUUCACACCGGGUCAUUACAUUUGGCAAUUCCCUUGGAAUUUUCUUUAGUUUGACUCUUGCUUGGAAUUUGAAGAUGGCUCGCAAUGAAGAGAAAGCGCAAUCAAUGCUCAAUAGGUUCAUAGCCAUGAAGAAUGAAGAGAAGAAGAAGCCCAAAGAGCGCCGCCCCUUCCUUGCCUCUGAAUGCCGCGACCUUGCCGAGGCUGACAAGUGGCGCCAACAGAUCAUGCGCGAGAUUGGCCGCAAGGUUGCUGAGAUUCAGAACGAAGGCCUUGGUGAGCACCACCUCCGCGACCUCAAUGACGAGAUCAACAAACUGAUCCGUGAGAAGUUCCAUUGGGAGCGCCGCAUCGUUGAGCUUGGUGGCCCAAAUUAUACCAAACAUGCACCCAAAAUGACUGAUCUUGAGGGUAACAUUGUUGAUGUCCCAAACCCAAGUGGCCGUGGACCAGGUUAUCGGUAUUUUGGUGCAGCUAAGAAGCUUCCAGGGGUGAGGGAAUUGUUCGAGAAGCCGCCAGAACUUAGGAAGAGGAGGUCGAGGUAUGAUAUAUAUAAGAGGAUUGAUGCCAGUUAUUAUGGGUAUAGGGAUGAUGAGGAUGGGGUGUUGGAGAGGUUAGAGGUCACAGCGGAGGAGAAAAUGAGGGCAGCAGCUGUUGAAGAGUGGAGGGUAGUGGAGGAGGUGAAGAGGGAGGCAAGAAAGGCUGUGAAGAGUGGUGAGGUUGUGAAUGUGGCACGGGCUCCUGCUGGGUUGUUGUUUGAGGAGGAGGAGGAUGUGGUGGAGGAGGAAAGGAAGGAGAAGGAGAGAGAGGAGAUGGAGAAGAGGGAGUUUGUGGUGCAUGUGCCCUUGCCGGAUGAGAAGGAAAUUGAGAGGAUGGUGGUUGAGAGGAAGAAGAUGGAGCUGUUGAAUAAGUAUGCCAGUGAGUCUCUCGUGGAGGAGCAAUUUGAAGCCAAAACCAUGCUUAAUAUUCAAGAGUAGAUGAUUUGAUCCAAUGCAAAUGUAUCCUGAUUGUGGAAUUGAGUAAAGGAAGCCUUCCUUUUAUUAUAACUUUUUGAUCUUGACAUGGUUAAUGACGUGCAAGAAACUAGAGUGAUGUUGUUUUUUGAGCCUACUUCCUUUCAAGGAAUGUGAUUGAAUAGUUUUUAUGGUGCUAUUAUUUCUUUUUUCUAAA